AUGACCGCUAGUGCACUUCAAAAAGCGAUCGACUUGGUUACAAAGGCGACAGAGGAGGACAAGAAGAAUAAUUAUGACGAGGCGCUGCACCUCUACGAGCAUGCGGUCGAGUACUUUCUACAUGCGAUAAAAUACGAGGCCCAAGGCGACAAGCAAAAAGAGACCAUCAGAGCUAAGUGUAUUCAGUAUCUGGACAGAGCAGAAAAGCUCAAAGAGUACUUGAAGACUGGGAAGCACAAGAAGCCUAUCAAAGCCGAGAGUGAAAAGUCAGUGAACCUGUUAGUUCUUAAGUGA